AUGAUGGAGCGGAGGUCCAACUCACCGCUGCCCUGUCUGGACCUGAACAACUUCGACUCGGCCGCAGCGGACAGGAGUCGGUAUGUUUUGACGAGCCCCCGCUCUCUGGAGUCCUGCGCUCGGCUCGGCGUAAAACCGGUUCAACUCCUGAUCAAAUCGCUCAACGAGUUGAUCGCUGAGCGGCGCGACGUGCCUUUCGAGGCGAUGAGAGUUAUGCACGAUUCCUAUGAAAAAGAGCGAACGAAGCUUUUGCAAAUGUGCCGUCAGGAGCGGGAGAGGAUUAUCCAGGAGGACAAGCGGACACUGGACAGGUGGCCCGGCGGUCAUAAAGCCUCAGGCUUGGAAGUGCUGCCUCACACCAAACUGAAGGAACCCUCAGCAGAGAUACACACAACAGGGCCUGUUCCUUAUGCAGAUCUGUGCUCUAAAGGGAAAUCUGUCAGUAGAUCCACCUGUUCUGUUGCUGGUAAAAGAGACUCAGACCGGAGCACAGUCUGCAGCUUCAGUCUGGGCGACCUCAGACACUCCCCAGCUACUGAGAUGCAACUACAGAAGCUCACCAAAGACAUCAACAAGGAGAUGUGUGUCACAGUGCCAGAGAGAGACCGCAAGAUAGCAGCUCUCAUGCUGGUGAAGCAUCAGGAGAAGGAGGCCCGUCUGAAGCUCUGUCAGCACGAGGAACAGGAGCGACAGGAGGCCCGCAGGCUGGAGGAGGUCCAGCAGGCUGAAGCAGAAAAGAAGAGAAGGAGGAAGCUGAGGCAGAGCAUGAAACACUGGCACGAAGAGCUGGAGGCCCGCAGGAGGCUGAGGAGGUGUCAGGAGAAAGAGAAAAUGGGGCUUCUUGAGCAGGAGGUGAUGCUGCAAGAAGACCGCUGGAGGAGGCUGAAGGAGGAGGUGGAGGCGCAUCGCAGAGGGAAGAUAGAGGGUGCACAGAAAGAGGUGGAGCAGCAGGUGGUGGAAGAGGAGGCACAGAUGAGGAGCACACUUGAGAAGAAGCUGCAGCACUCCUGCCAGAAGCGAGCCCAGGUCGUGGGAGCACGGCUGAGGGAGCUGCAGGAGAGAGGAGCCCGGGAGGACGAGCAGAUUCAAAAGGCGCAGCUGAGGGCCAAGCUGCAAAGCAUCCAACAGCUCACACACAAACAGAUCCUGGUCCAGCUGAGCCAGCGUCGUGUGGAGAGAGCCGCCCUGCGAGCCUCGGCUCAGCGCAGGAGCAGAGCUCAGCAGAUGCAGCAGCGCAACAAACACAAGCAGAUCUGCCACCUGAGGCUCAGGGAGAAGCUGCAGAGAGAGGAGGAGGCUCUGAGGAAGGUCAGAGAAAACUGCAUCUCCGUGAAGGAGUGGAAGAGGGAGAGACUGCAAAGACAGCGAGAGCAGAUACAGGAGGAGGCGCACAGGCUGGCUCGGGCCUCUUUUCACAUGAGGGAGAGAGUGAGGCAGCAGACACACAGUCGGACCUUUGAUCGGAUGGCUCUGGAGGCUCAGCUGACUGCCUCCAUAAGCCGCCUGAAACUAUGA